GCAGACUGCGUGGAGUGCAUGGCGUGCUCGGAUAACACGGUGCGCGCCGGGCUCACCCCCAAAUUCAUCGACGUCCUCACCUUGUGCGAGAUGCUCAACUACACGCCGGCGCCCAGCAGCUCCAAGAUCUUCCCGGCCGCGCAGAGCCAGCUCGACCCCAGCGUCUACCUCUACGACCCGCCCGUGCCAGACUUCGCCAUCAUGCCAUUGCAGAUCCCCCCCUCCAUCAAGCUGUACCUCGUCUCCGCCGUGGACUCUGCCAGCAUCUUGCUGGUGAUCCAGGGGACGGCUGUGGGCACCUCCACAGCCGCAGCCUCCGAAAUGACUCUGCGUCGCGGCUCCGUGCUCUUCAUCUCUGCCAACGAGAGCAUCUCCCUCCACCUCUCCUCGCCGGAUGGGAUGCUGCUCUUCCGCGGCUGGGGGUCAAGAGAUGGAGGCUGGAGGCAGCUCCGGCAUCCCCCCGGCGCCGGCCGCGACCUUUCCCGCAUCGCCCCGCGGCAGUAG